AUGAAGUACCACGCUGCAAAUGGCUAUGCAUAUAAGGUAACAAGAAACGAGAAGUUGCGGAUUGCUGCUUGUUGUGCUAACAAGAAGAAGGACAAGUAUAAUUGGCACAUGUAUGCUGUUUCUUGUGACGAUGUCGAAGGAAGUCCCUUUAUUAUCAAGGAGUUAAAUAAUCAUCAUAAUUGUGACGGUGGAUUUAUUAACGUUCCAAAUGUAUCAAAGAGUCUAAUAAGUUCCUUGAUCAAGGAUGCGAUUAAACAGAACCCAAAGAAGAAGACAAAGGAUAUUAUGGAACAAAUUAAAAGAGAAUAUGGCUUUGACAUAAGUCGUUAUGAUGCAUACACAGGGAAGAGAAAUGCACUGAAUAUGGCAUGGGGAGAGGAUGAGAAGUCAUUCGCUUACUUGCAUUGGUAUACAAAGCAAUUUUCUGAAACCAAUCAUGGAUCUCGUGUUGUUUUGGAAACUUACGCGAGUCAAAAGUUUGUGAGAUUGUUCAUUGCCUUCGAAGAAUGUAUCAGUGGAUUUAAUUACGGUCGGCCCUUGCUAUUCAUGGAUGCAACACAUUUGAAGAGAAUUUACCCUUUAUCUUAUGAUGUGGUUUCAUCUGAGACUGAUGCGAACUGGAAAUGA